AUGGGGAUCACGUCAUCCACCGAGUCCAGUACCCGAAACAACCAAGUCCUGCCGGAGAAACUGGAAGAUCCGUCUGCUGACUGGCCAGAACCGAUGAAAGCUGCUCUAGCGAAGUACGAGAGGGAAGCCUACGCCUUGUUCCCGUCGAGGCUGGGAGAUUCCGCAACUGAGGCAGAGAGGAAAAAGGAUUCUGAAGCGCAGUUUCUCGAGUUCAUGAGCAGAGGUGCUUGUAAAGACGAGUUUACGGCUCACGAAGAUUGCGUGGUGAAAGCUGGACACCGUGACAAAAAGUGUCAGGAGCUCUAUUUAAAGAUGAACAAAUGCAUGCGUUAUCAUCGUCAUUACUAUCAAUCUUAUCUGGCGAUGGAGAAAUCUUUCUAUGAAGAGGUCCUGAUGCACAUUACAUCCGUGGCGGCUGCGAGGGAGCAGGAGUGA